AUGGUCAACAUCGAGGAGAGCCUUGGCCUCUUCUUCUUCUCUAGUCAGUCUUUCUCUUUCUGCUUCCUCUUCGGCCAUCCACUUGUCCAAGUUCCAGAAUUGCACCAACAUCACAAUGGCACAGGCAAAACCAGCAAGACCAAUAGCAAGGAAGACCCAGUGCAAGUGUGGGUCCUUCAAGGCUGGGGUGAUGGCAAGACUCAAUGCGGCGGAGAACGCAGACAUAAGCAAGAACAAUGCGUAGACCAAACUCUUCAUUGCAGGUGGGGAUCUGGUGUAGGCCAACUCGUAGGCAGUGGUGUAAGCCCAACAUUCACCGGCAGCGGCCAAGAUGAAAAGAGAGGUGGCUUUCCAGGCGGUAAUUGGGGCCGGUUCGUCACAGCCACUAGCAUAGUAGCCACAUGGAGACAGUUCGUAGACUUGCUUUUGCAAGAUGUAACCGGCAAUCUGUGA